ACGGGGUCGUUAACUGCAAAAGCUUUUCCUGUCACUAAUCUUGUACUGAAGGACGGUUGAUUGCGUGAUGUUACUGUCGAUUGAAAACGCCAUUCUAACGGCUUCCUUGUGUUUAAACGGAGCAUGCAGAGGUAGAGCUGGUCAGAUGCAUCUGAAAUCUAGUGAUUUUCUUCUAUUCAAUAAUGUUUAAGUUCAUAAUUUGCAGAUUUUCUUGUUUUAAUCCAAUUUGAUCCAAGCCCACAUCAGCCACAAAGAAAUAGUACGUGUACAGAAAAUUUUUCUGAAUGAAUUAUUGUUGAACAAAUGUUUGAGUACUUGCUUUUGGAUGUAUAUAACUUAACUUCGUGCCUAAUAGACAAUCUUGAAAAAAAAAAAAAUGGACAUGUAAUAAGGAGAAAUUUUAGUAUUUGUUUCUCAGGCUAAUAAGGGUUGAAAUUGAAAUAUGGAGAAAAAAAAAAGGUGGAGUUGAGAUUUAACUUUUAGUGAUUCAUGAGAGUUUUUUUUUUUUUUUUAAGUGAUUCGUGAGAGUUGAUAAGGGAAAAAAACAACUAUGGGAAUCGGAAGUUUGAAUUUUGGAAAGGAAUAGCCCGCAAAAUGGUCAACUUAGUGUGAAUGGUGAACCUUAGAUCAGAUGCUCUGAGCAGGGUAGAAUGGAUAUUUGAAAGUGAAGAUUUUCGCCGAGUUUAACAAGCAGAAGUGAAGAUUGUUACAGCAUUAAGGUAUCCCUAUUACUUUUCACACAAGGAGAAGACAAAUAUGUGUAAAUGGAAUCUUGAUCAGAAUGAUGCCUAGUCAUUUUAUGAUUUUUUAUCAGUUUACUGAGCCCAUUAUGUAUUUGCCGAUUUUCUCACAUAUAUUAGUCUGUCAAUUUAACUGAAGAAGAGGAGCCAAUUGAAAGUGACAUUAAUAUAAUUUAAUGGUGAUGAUCUAUUCUUGUCAAGUCAUAAGUAUUAGUCUUGAAGCUUUUUAUGUCAAUUAUGUUAGAGUAGUUAGGCUUUUAGUUCUUAGCUUCUUGCAUUCCUUAGGCUUGGUAACAGGCCUCACUGUGACCUAUAAAGUAGACUGCAAAUUGAGACUUGCAAAUGAUUUUGGUUCUUUCUUGUUAAUUUAUUUACAUAAUUGAUUUCUCUUGCAAUUGAGUUUGAAUCAUUCUCUCGGGAUACCGUGUUCCAAAACUCAGUUUUAGUCAAUUAGACAAUUGAGCCUUGUGAUUGUUGUUCACUGACAUCAUAAUAAAGGUGUUUCUCUGAUCACUGAUUGAAGUGGUGGAGUUAUACAAAUUUUUGAUAGAGAGUUACUUCCCUAGAAAGGAUUUUCUGCUUUGCUUUUUCUUCCACUUCUUUCCCAUAGAAGGAGAUUUAAGUUACUGGUAGGUGAAAGAGGGAGAUAGUGAAAGCUUGAUAGAUAGAUGAGACCAGGCCUUAGUGAUUAGGAGCUAAAGAAUUUGGUUCAUUCUCUGGAUAUAUAAAGGAGUGAAGUAGGAAAAUAGUCGAUGGAGAUGGAGGGAAGAGCAUACUCAGAGUUAUACAGAAACACAAGUGAAGAACUGUUUAUUAAAACCAUGAUGGAGAGCUCACUAGGGAUGCCAAUUCCAACCAUGGAGAUGUUGGGCUUUAAGAAUCUAUCUCAGAACUUCAGAGCAGAUAGCGAGGAACUCUUUAAGAGUUGGCUCACAAAUGGAGAGAACAAUGGCUGCAGUCCUGCUGGCAUUGCACAUCGUACUCGAAAGGCAUCAAGGAGGAUCUCUGCUGAAGCAUCCAAUUUGUCAAACCAACAUGAAGGAGUGUUUCCAAAAAAAAGAAGCGAUGAGAUCUUGUUCCCACAGAAUACUUUCAAUGCAGGCGAAAAUUUGAAUGAACUCAACCAACAUCCAGUCAGGAAUGCAGUUGAAAAAGAAGUGCAAGCGAGCGAUUUGUUUCUGGCUAAGGCUUGGUUUCAUAGUUGCCAACCUAUGACGAGAAGUCGUUCCUCAGAAUUGAGGAAGAGGUAUGCUGCCCUGCAAACUUCACAGACAUCAGUUGCUAUGGAGACCAUGUCUAAUAUAUCAGAGAAUGGCAUUAACAACUUCAAACAAUACUAUACAAAUCCAAAUGGAUUCAACAACGUGUCAAUGGGUGAGAUGCCGAAUCAAGUGAAUACAUUUAUGUCUCCAUCCAACUCAUCUUCCUCUAAUUUCAACACUCCACAAGGGGGGAAUGUAGACAACAUUUCUUCUGUUGUGACCAUGCUCAAGGGUACACUGGAGCGUAAGAAACUUGGUAACUCGGUUGAGAAAGAAGCUGUUGAUGACAGUUCUUUUGGAUGUUAUGGUUCUGAAGAAGUCUUAGGUAACACAGUCCUGAAUCAAGAAAGAAAUCAGGCACAUGAGAUGCAAGGAACUUUCCAUGACUUAUCUGUAGUUCAAAUUACAGAGGCUGGAAUUAUGCAAACAGUUGAAGGGUCUUUUGGUUUUGGCCUCGAAGGCAUGAUUCCUCACACAAAUGUUAUUCAGAUGAGUACAGUAUCUCGAGAACCUUCCCAAAGUGAAUCCUCUGCUGCUGCACCUGUAGUUUCAACCGGUUUUGAAGUAUGUGAUGGACCUAGUACCUCAGGUCAAGCUCCUACUGUCUGUGAGAGCUCUAGGAAGCAUGUGGAUUAUGCAAGGAGUUCAGAAUAUGGUUCUAGAAUUAAAGAUGUCAGAGAGCGUAUGUACAAUAACUUGAAAGAUGAUAAAAAGAAAGAAGGCUUAGUUCGAUAUGGAUCUGUAACAUCAGCUGGUUCAGUGGAACAAGGAGAUCCCACUAAGAAGCGCAGGGUGGAGAGGUCUCGAAAAAUGGCAGAAGCGAAGGAAAGAAAUUUGACACCUGCAGUUCCUUCUGAUAUGCAAUCCAUUUUGAAGAGAUGUGAAAACCUUGAGAAGGAAGUGCGCUCACUGAAACUCAACUUGUCUUUCAUGAACAGGAAGGACUCUGAGCAAACCAAGCAGAUAGAAGAGCUUCAGAAGCAGAAUGAGGAUUUGGCAAAAGAAAAAGAGCGGCUUCUUGAAGAAAUUGAGCGUAUCAUUUCUGAAACAGCCAAGAUGUAACACUUUCUUUAGUCUCGUGCCCCCCAAUCAACCUUAAACAUUGUUGAAGAUUUAUCUUCAUCUUGAACCCUUUUUGAGCAAAUGCACCUUAUCAAUAUUUACUAGGAAAAGCAUUCUCCAGAUUUGUUAUACUCAGUCCUUGUGUCAUGGAACAUGCCAAGUUCACUUAGCUAGUCCCAAAUGGCAGUUUUUUGCAAGUUCACUUAGCUCAGCGUACAUAGAAAUUUUGGAUAGUUUCUAUAUCAAAGAGCUAAGAUGCAUUGUAAACUGUUACCUGCUCAAGGGACACUUAUGAGCCUGUUCUCUAGAAUGCAAUUUGUCUUCCUUUCAAGUCAGAAGAUUGAAAAGACAAAA